AUAUAUUGUAUUGGUGCUCGUUUGGCCCUGAUGAUCAUAGGAAAGGUGGUGUUGUUCGUCCCAGCAGAAAUUAUGCUGUAAAACGGAAAACCCCCGCGGGCAGGCCAAAUACAAAGAGAGGUUGUGUAUGUCAUUUCAUUGUUAAGAGGUUAAUAGCUGAACCAACUGUUGCACUUGUCAUAUAUAAUCAAGAUAAGCAUGUAGAUAAGAGAGGAUCGCCAUGCCAUGGUCCAUCAGAUAAAAAGGCUGCUGGAACCAGUGCAAUGUUUGCACCUUACAUCUCUGAUGAGCUUCGUCUUCAAAUUUUGUCUUUACUAUUUGUUGGAAUCCCUGUGGAGACCAUAAUGCAGAGGCACACUGAGAUAGUGGAGAAGCAGGGUGGUCCUUGUAAUAGGGAUGAUCUUCUUACCCACCGUUAUGUCAGGAGGUUAGAGAGGAAGAUCAGGCGCUCUACAUAUGAGCUGGACUCUGUUGAUGAUGCUAGUGUUGCACUGUGGGUUGAGAACCAUCGUGAUCACAUUUUCUUUUAUGAGGAUUUCUCUGAUUCAGAACCAUUUGUUUUGGGCAUCCAAACAGAGUGGCAGCUUCAACAGAUGAUUCGUUUUGGAAAUGGCAGUAUUGUUGCAUCUGACUCAAGGUUUGGAACAAACAAGUUAAAGUAUCCCAUCUAUACUCUCCUUGUUUUUGGUUCAAAUAACAAUGCGAUCCCUGUAGCAUGGAUCAUAACUCCAAGCUUUGCUCGUGGCAAGAUGCAUAGGUGGUUGGGAGCACUCUAUGACAGAGUACAUACAAAGGAUCCAACAUGGAAAUUGGGUGGUUUCAUUAUUGAUGAUCCUGCUGCUGAUGUUCUUAUGAUCAGGGAGGUGUUUCAGUGCUCUGUUUUGAUCAGCUUUUGGCGUGUGCGCCAUGCUUGGCACAAAAAAUUAAUAGAUAGAUGUUCAGAAACAAAUAUAUGUGCUGAGAUGUCAAGGCGACUUGGAGAAGCAGUAUCCCAUGUUUGCAGAGGAACUGGUGAUAUGAAGGUAUUUGAGGCUUUUAUGGAGGAUUUUGUUGACUGUUCGAGUUUCAUGGAUUACUUCAAGGCUGUAUGGUUUCCUCGAAUUGGGGCAUGGGUUGAUGUAUUGAAGGCUCUUCCAUUGGCUACCACAGAGGUCUCUGCAGCAAUUGAGUGCUAUCAUCAUUUACUCAAACUCAGGCUGUUGAAUGAGAAGGAUUCUAAUAUUUACCAGCGUGCAGAUUGGCUUGUGGACAAAUUGGGUACUAAGGUGCAUUCUUAUUACUGGUUAGAUGAGUUCACUGGCAGGGAGAACUUUGCUCGGUACUGGAAAGAUGAGUGGAAAAGCGGCUUAACAUCAUGGAGACGGGCAUUGCAGAUUCCUGACUCGGAUGUCAUUGUAGAUGGAAAAAUACGUGAAAGGUUAUAGCCGUAAAAGAGAAGGAAGGUGCAUACAAUUCUGAAUCCAGGUUGCGAGUUUGCUAUCUGUGAUUGCCAAUGGUCAAGGAUGGGAAAUCUUUGCAAGCAUGUGAUUAAGUCAACUAAAGUUUUUCGAGAUAAGGGUUUAGCUGCACCUUCAACUAGUCUUUUUGAGUUUAAUCAAGCCUUGACGAGUAUUCUUCGACACCCGCCACAUGAUUCCUUGAGCCGUGAUCAUGCGAUUGCUUUGGUUGUUUGCAUUCAGUCUCAGUUAAAUGGAUUGUUCGAUCUUGAAAAAGGUAGGACCACCUCUUCUACUUCAGUCCAAGCAGCUGCCAAUUCUGAAUUGUCCUCCUCUGAUGAACCAAUAGAUGCUGAUACAAAUUUGAUACAUGAAAAUCAUUCUGUUUCAGAGAAUGUUUGUGGGAUGGGAGAAGUGGGAUAGACUCUUUUCCAAGAGAGGAUAGUGUUUUCUGUGGUGCUAAUGUGGUUGUUGAUGAUAACUUAUUACACCCUUCAUAGUAAAUAUAGAUUAUUCUUAUCGAUGAUGCGCUCCUAAGUUCCUAACAUGAAAUAAUAAUAUCUUUGCAGAUGUCUUUGUGGUAA